CCAUAUUGCAAGGGCCCCGUCGGUUUGGGCGGGAAAAUGGGAAGCUGCCGACCAAUCGCAGCGGCCAUUUCGAAAAGGCGUUCUGAAAUCCCACCAAUGAGGAGGCAGGCCGGUCUGCUCAUGCGCUUUCGAGUCGAUCCAUAGAAUUAUAGAUAUAGCACGGCAGUGUGGGCUUGGCCGGCGCGGUGACACGACGUGCGUGAUGAACGAACAUUUUUUUUUUAGAAAUAAAUUUCGAAGUGCCUAACAGUAAUUAGUGUAAAUAAAUUUAAGCUCAAACAAUAUUUUGGUGUAUUCCGUUUGUGAUAGAACUAUUAGUGUUUUAAAACAUUUUGCGUGUGGAAUAAACUGGCUUUAAAUCGUAUAGUCAGUGAUGUCAUUGCAGUAAAUAAGAGAAUUAUAAGUUUUUUGAUGAUUUGAGGGUAGCUGUUGUUAAAAUUAGGGAGUUUUAGCGUAAGGGGAGGUUAGGGUAAGGUUGUAAAGGUGCUGGGUGGUGGGGAGCUAGCGUCAGUGAUGGUGAUGGCGAGCGGCGGCGGUGGUGGGCUGGUGCAGUCCCCACCCGACAUGCUGCAUCACCACAACAUCAUGGACACCUCCUCGCAUGUGGAGAUGAUGCCCAAAAAGCUCCGGCUCUCGCUGUGCGUGGGCUGCGGCGGCCAGAUCCACGACCAGUACAUCCUGAGGGUGGCCCCCGACCUGGAGUGGCACGCCGCCUGCCUCAAGUGCCAGGAGUGCCGCCAGUUCCUCGACGAGUCCUGCACCUGCUUCGUCAGAGACGGGAAGACGUAUUGCAAGAGGGAUUAUACUAGGUUAUUUGGAACGAAGUGCGACAAAUGCGGCGCGUCGUUCAGUAAAAACGACUUCGUGAUGCGCGCCAAGACGAAGAUCUACCACAUCGACUGCUUCAGGUGCUGCGCCUGCUCUAGACAACUUAUACCUGGUGAUGAAUUCGCGUUACGGGAAGGAGGAGCCUUAUAUUGUAGAGAAGACCACGAUGUACUGGAAAAGAGCGCGAGCGCGGCCGGCGCCCCGAGCUCCGCCGAGAGCAACAACAACACCACGCUCAGCAACAACAACGCGCACCAUCCGCACGAACUGGGGUCCAUGUCGGAUUCAGGCAGUGAGUCAGGUUCCCAUAAAAGCGGUCGCGCGCGCACCACGGCUGCCGCGGAUGGCAAGCCCACCAGAGUCCGUACCGUACUUAAUGAGAAACAACUGCAUACCUUGAGAACGUGUUACGCCGCCAACCCUCGCCCCGACGCGCUGAUGAAGGAGCAGCUGGUGGAGAUGACGGGGCUGAGCCCGCGCGUCAUCAGGGUCUGGUUCCAGAACAAGCGCUGCAAGGACAAGAAGAAGACCAUGCAGCUGAAGAUGCAGAUGCAGCAAGAGAAGGUCCCAACUUAUCCUUUGCCACAGGAAGGCCGGCGGCUCGGCUACAUGUCGCUGGGCGUGCCGCUGGUAGCGGGGUCGCCCGUGCGGCACGAGCCGGCGGGGUCGCUGGCGCUGGAGGUGACGGCCUACCAGCCGCCCUGGAAGGCGCUCUCCGACUUCGCGCUGCACGCCGACCUGGACCGCGCGCCGCAGCACACCGCCGCCUUCCAGCAGCUCGUUAACCAGAUGCACGGCUACGACAUCCCGAACCUGCCGCCGCCGCGCGGUCCCCACGGCGAGGACAACUACGUGACGUACCUGGAGAGCGACGACUCCCUCCCCCCCUCGCCCUAGUGCCGGGUCUCCUAACAUCUCUACAGACACCACAAGGACACCGACCCUGGUGACACACCCCCCUCGCGCAUCUAAGUGUCGGACAAAAGGAUAAAAGGACGAGAGAACAAGGACCAGUUGUCUGUGAGGUGAUGUGGACAGUGAUAGUCAGAUUAUCAAUAGUUGUAAUGGUUUAUUGACUGCCUUUAACAGCAAGUUAUACUAUUAUGUAUGAUGCUAAUUGAAAUGGAAAACUGUAUGUUAACUGCUGGAGUUUGUUGCUUUCCUGUCACUGUGUGAGACUUUGUGUUCUAGCACUGGACUAGCAAAACUUUCAAUUUUUUUAAAUGGCAACCCUUUGACUUUGUCAGAUUUGUAAUUGUCAAUUUUGAAACACCCUGUUUAUUGCAAUGUGGAAUGUACCUAAAGGACCAAAGUACCGCUGAAAAUCAAAUGGGAUUUUUGAAAGUUUUUUUAUUGAUGCAGCAUUUUAGUUUAGCAAAUGACAGUCAUGCCUUACUAUUUCAACCUGUUGAUUUAUUAUCAAUUUUUGAGCAGUAAUAAAUUUUAUAGAAAUAGGUAGCUAAGUACUAGCGGAUGAACAAUUAUUUUUAAGUUAUUAUGAAAAAUAGAAAAUGCUGACUUGCGAUUAUUACUGCACAAAAAUAGAAUAAAUAAAGAAAUCAAAUUAACUAUUAUAAUGUGAUGUUUACCAUUAGUUUGUAUCAUAAUAAAAAUGUACUUAUAGUUUUAAUUUUUACCCGCGGGUAUGUUUAUAUUUUUAUUGCGAUCUGUUAGUAUUUUCAAUGUAUAUACAUUUUCGUGUAAAUAUUACUGUAUAAAAUUAUUAUGUAAUUAAUAUUAUUUACUACUAAAUUAAGCGUGUAUUAAGAUCUUUUAUCGAUGUAAAAAAUAGUCACUUUUUAUACUAUUAUUAUUUUACAACAUUACAUGGUAUUUUACAUUAAUUUAUCUGUGUAAAAAUCUGUAAGUACUUAACCAGUGUUUUUAUUUUUACAAAGCAUACUUUAUAGACUUAUGAAUAUCGAAAUUGUUUCAUUGCAAAUAUAUCGAUGUUAAUUGUUCUAAAACGAUAGAAAUUACCAGAGAGUUAAUUUAUUCGGUAGUUAAUUACACUGUACUUAGAUUGUGAGCAUAAUAUUAAUAAAAAUAUUGAGUACGUAUUAAAAAGUAGUUUGUUAGUACUUAUCCCUAAAUUUUCCUCUAUAAAUUGAAGAAAAAGCAUAAUAUCGCAAGCAAUAUUACAAGAGUCCAAAUCGAUUUUUAAUAAAAUACUAUUAACCUUGAUGAUAAAAUCUAUCAGCGCCAUCUACCAUCGUUUACUGUAACUUGAUUCUCCGGUCCUUUGAGGCAACUCUUAUCGCUCUUUUUUUCGAAGUGUGCAUAUCAAUACUCUACAUGAAAACUAGAUGGCGCUUAUUUC